AGAUAUUUCAAAAACACAAUCUUUAGCCACUCUCACUCACCCGAGUUGUUCCUUCAUUUCCAAGGGGGUGGGGGGGGAGUGGCAUCUGAAUAUUCAUCCGGGAGGGGGUUGCAUGGGCGGACUGACCAUUUGGGAAGUCGGGCACUGCCCGAGGGCCCCAUGAGAUGCCCCUGGUACCUUUCAUAGGCUUUUUUUGGUGUGGUUUGAGUGUGGGCAAGGACACAGGGGCCCCAUGAUCCCCUAUUGCCUGGGGGCCCCAU